AGCAAGCUAUGCCUUCUGGAGAGGAGAAGAGAAAACAAGGAAGGAGAUAUGUGCGUCUAGUAGAGAGACAGGGUGGAAACAUCGAGAGAUUUUCCUUCACUUCCAGUAAGAUACAUUUUUCGACAAGAAAGUUGAACAGGUAGAGUUUGUGACAAAAUUCUAUCUUCAGUUUAUCUUCCAGUAUCACUAUCUGUAUAACAAGAACAGAGUCUGCGACAGGAUGGGUGGCGCCGUGUCAACGGACACUAUCCCAGUGCUCGUCACCAUGGUGGAUGUACACAAUGCAAAAGCGCAGGAUCAAUUCUACUUCGCCAACGUACUACCAUUAUGCUUUGUGACUUGAAGCCACCAGUUCUUGUGCUGGGUCUCGAUGAUGGGGAUUGGUUGCUCAAUGCUGAAUUACGUUUCGCUUGCGUUGAAUAUUCAUGAACAAGGAUAGCAUGAUUCUCUGUCUUCAUUCAAUUAGACAUGAUUGUCUGUCAUUUAAUCAACACUAGUAGAUUCCCAUUCCUCUCUCUCUCUCUCAUCACUACCCCAAGGUCUCAACCGGUGGUGCCGCUACCAAGGUGAUAGGUAGAUCACAAACUUUGAGUGUCGAAGUAGGAAUUACAACAGUGCUGACAUUGGUUGUCUACGAGUGUCCGGAACCGCAAUUUUCACCAGAGUACAGUCGAUGCCUGGGUCUAGUGCGAUUUCCGAUCGAGAGACUUGCAGAACGAUAUUCAAGUGGAAUCUUUCAGCAAUGGUAUUAUUGCUUGGAAUAUCAUGGAUCUAGAUCUAGAACUGGAACGUAGAAGUGAAAUUGAUUCACAAAGAUUAGUAUGAUUGGCCGUUUUAAUAUGCAGGUUGAAACUUGUGUUUUAACAAACUAGUAUAUUCAAAGGCACUCCUCGUACCAAUUUCACCAUCCGUAAUCUUCCACCUCUACCUCAGGUUCAAUCUCGACACAAAGGCAGACCCGCGUGCACCACCAGGUGACUUCCAACAGAUCAACGGAAAAUUAUGAACAAACAACUUGAUUUUUUAACAUGAUGAUUACGACCGUUUUUUUUUGAAAGACAGUUAGGAACACUUACUCAAUUACUACCCACAUCUAGUUUCAGUGAGAAUCUAUCAUGUUCAGAUUACCCACAAAGCACCCCUCUUCAUAUCUCUUCGAGGCGUCUUACAGUGGUGCAGUCCAGGAUGUUUAUGCGCCAAAAAUAUGUCUGUCAGUGAUCGGCAGCGCAUUUGAAGUGGCACGAUCGGGCAGAAACAGCUGCUCAAUUUUCGUGUCGGAAGAUGUGAAAACACAAGCGGGUCCAGAUAUCAAAGCCCUGAUCGCCUCACACAAACAGCAAGCGGCUUAUAUUGACACGUACUACAAGCAACUUGCGUUUGUUUUAUCUCGUAACUAUGUUGAGAACUAGAUGAAUCUGGGUACCCUGCUGUGAAUUGAUUGUUCUGCACUUCAAUCUAAUUUUACCAUCUGUAAGCACUAGGAGACGACAACCACUUACCCCUCAACAUCAAAAUCGUUCCAUCUUCGCACAAUAUCCUUUGCCUGGACCACAGGCUUCACGAAGAGUUGCGACGAAUGAAUACACCAUCGUAUCGACCAGUCGGCGGUGGCCAGCCUAGUGAUGUCAGAGCCACGAUGGCUAUGGCUAGUGGGGGUGGCGGGAUGUAAACACAACGGUUGUCAUCUAGGUGGGUCCUAGGUUUUAAGGUUAGUCCCAGUCUUUUUCAUUUUUACCUUAGGUUGAAACAGGUUCGUAGUACUAGAUGUACAAUUUCACCGUUAUUUAUUCUGACAAGCUAACACAAGUAGAACUAGAAAAAAAUAGAAGUUUUUUUCUGAAGAUACAUCGAUACUGAUAGAAGAACAUGGCGACCGGUUGUUACCUUAGAUUUACAAUUAUUUUUCGAUUCAACAUACUAGAGUUGUUCAGGUCGUUCACUACAUAGACUUCACUACAUAGACUUGAUAUAGCCACGUCCUACAAGAACAUGAGCAACAACAUCCGUAUUCGACGUAGGUCGUGAUGUCCUCGAUCAGAUACAGCUACAGAGCACAGCCGAGUUAAGAUCCUGAUAUUAUCCAAGUUCAGACGAGAUUCAGUGGAUUGAAACAGAUUCCUGAUAUCCACGGAGGGAAAGCUUGAAGAAUUAUAAGAUUCCCAGGAAAAGAGACUCCCUUUCCACGAAAGGCUCCAGCACGGAACUGCUAGUACUGAAGCAGACUAGAAGAUCAUGACAACUGCUAGAGUACUGAACUCGUUUGCGACAACAGAACACUUUUAGAUGCGUUUUUUCCGUCAGACUCAAAAUGCCUUAGGUGUCCUCGACGUCUAGCU